CAAACUAAAAACACAAAAUUUUUCAUUCUUAACAAAAUUUUCAGUGAAUUAAUAGUUUCGGCUUACAAAAUUAAACAUUUAGGCAUCUAAUAAAACUAUUAAAACGAAGGACCAUGGCCAAAAAGGGAGGAGUUCAACAGCUGCAGGCUGACAUACAAAAUGAUGAAGAUUUUGAAAAGUUUAUAGAACGUCCAGGAUUGUUGGUGCUAGAUGUGUACUCAGAUUGGUGUGGUCCCUGUUUGGGUAUGGUGGGUAGUUUGAAAAAGAUUAAACUAGAAGUGGGUGGCGAUAAUUUGCAACUGGCCAUAUGCAAAGCGGACCAUAUAACUGCAUUGAAAAGAUUUCGCCGCAAAAGUGAACCCACCUGGUUAUUUGUAACGGAAGGCAAAGCCAUAAAUUUAAUGUUCGGCACCGAUGUGCCACGCCUCAUGAAACUUAUAACUCUAGAACUAACCAGACUCAAGGAAGGCAUCAAAUCUCGUCCUAUUUAUGAUAUAGACGAAUAUCAACCCGAAGAAGUAGCCCGACGUAAAGUUAAAGAAGAUGCCGAGGCCCAAGCACAGCGCAUAGAAACCGCUGAUCGUGAUAAAAAACGUCUGGCUUACCUGACCUAUGUCACCGAUACCAUUAUGGAAAACCUAAACGAUAUUGGUGUCACCAUAUUUGGACCUCAAGUAAAUCGUGAUAUGUUUAAGAAAAUAAAUGAACCGGCAGAUGCUUUGAAAAUACAAUGUAAAGAUCGUAAAAUUGUGCAGAUUUCGAAAAGUGAUUUCGAUGUUAUACACGUGAAAUGUCCCAAUCCGCUUGAUGAUGAUGUCUUGGAUCAAUUGCAUGGCAAAGAAUUGUUAGUGUGUUUUUGGAAACUGCCAGUGGAGGGAGAGGAGGUUCCCAUAUUGUUAAAGCAAUAUGCCUAUGAAUUGACAAAAACCACAACAGAGCCAGCGGAUGAAUUUAAUGAAGAGGAACGUGUAACGCCAGCUAUUAUAUCGCCCUUGGAUGUUAAGGUGGAAUAUGAAGUUGAAGACACUGAAGUAUGUAUUGAGGAAGAACCACCUGAACCUGAAGUGGCCACUAAAGAAACAGAAGAAAAUUUAAACGAGCCUGCAGAUGAGGAAGAAGCCGAGGAAGAUGAAAUCGACUUAGAAGGCGCCACUGAACCGUCUCCUACUGAAAUGCCUGUCCUAGAUCUUGAUUUAGGCCUAGAGGAUAGCAAAGCCGAAGCAGAAGCAAAUAAACCUGCGGAAAUUUCAGUUGCUACAGAAUCUCUUAAAAAGCGCACUUGCACUAAAACCGUUACUAUACCACCCAUUUGGGUACCCAACAAUCAUCGUACCCAUGCUGCUCUCAUCUAUGUGUACUUCCACAAUCAAACUUCAGCAUUUUUGCCACCAGAUCCUAUGCCAGAGCCGCCACAUGUUAUCAUGGCUUUUGAUGCGUAUAAAAAGAGAGAUUUAAUAACGCACGCUGAGUCACAUAAAGAUGAUGUGCCGUUGUAUGGGUUCUUUACCAGUGAAGAUCCGGAUGAAGCCAAAUUUAUAGCUAAUUCGGCUGCGAAAUAUAAGCCAGUUACAACCAAUGACAAGCUUAUCUUAAAAGUCAAUAAAGCCUCCUCUAACACUAUGCUUUCUUUGGUAACCUAUGGCCCCAGCUAUGUCAGUCCCAAUUCAGUGGUGGGCCAUGAGGAGGCCAAAAAAUUCUUCCCUGAAAACUAUAAAACUGCAGAACAAGAGGCAGUCGAAGAAGCGGCAAAAGAACUUGAAGAUCCCAACAAAAAACGCAAAUCCAAGAAGUCUCGAUCAAGCAAAACAGCAACCGACACUGAAGCACCCACCACACCUACAAGUGGUGAAGAGGAGAGCGGCGAUAGCAUAACUGCUUUGGUAGAAGGCGAAACAGAGGGUGAAACAAUUAACACAGCGGAAGCUGUAGGAGAUGAAGCUGUGGACACCGAAAAUGCAUCUGCAGCAAAUUAAUAGUUUUAUGAACAAAAAAAUUUAUAUUUAUUUAUAUUUUCAUAUAGAUUUUAUUUUAUUUUUAAUAAAUUUUCAGUUCAUAGCAAUGCACAAUAUUGUUUGUUUUUGUUUUAGAAAAAGUUCUUAUAAAACUACUUAAACCUUUUAUAAAUAUCAUAAAACUAAAAAAUAAAGAUUAUUUACAA